UCUAAGGGUAUCACCCGUUCACCAUACGCCGCGUAGUAAAUUCCUUCUCAUAAACCGGUCUGAUACAAAGGACCGGCUCCAUUUCCACCAUCCGGUUCAACCAUCACCUAUAUAAAUUUUUCAUCUCGUUUCCUCUCAUCUCGUCACUCCACAUUUCUCUGUCAUCAACAAUCAACAGUCAUCGCAGCUCCGGUUAAUUCCACCGCCUCCAACCGCCGGCGCCGGUGAAUCUCCGAUCAAUACGAAUCCUGUGAAGAGUCUCGAUGUUAGCUUCAUUUGUUCGUAUAAAUAUAAAUAUUCCUUCCUUGUCUUUUCAGUUAGCUUAGCGUAGCUAAAACCCUAACCCUUUUCUUCCAAUUUAAUCCUGAUUAAAUUGAAUUUAAUGUUAAAUUUAUCGGUAAUCUCGUAUUUAAGGUUUAUGAAAAGAAUUGAAGAGAAGAAAUUUGCGUAUAGUUUGACUCGGAAGUGAAAUUGAGGGACUAGGGUUAUCACAUCUCUAUUCUGAAGUUUUUUAUAUUAUUAUUGAGAUUGAAAGCUUUGAUUACGCUGUAAUCGAAAAGAAGACUCACAAGAGGGUUUUUGAAACUAAUUUGUAUUGUUUAUUGUUUAAGACGGGACGAUAGGUGUGGUGUGAGGAUUAGUGGAAAAUGUGUAUACUAUGUCAGAUACAAAGAUGGUCUAGAGGGGUAGCUACGAUGUUACCAUGGUUGGUGAUUCCGUUGGUUGGAUUAUGGGCGUUAUCACAGUUAUUGCCACCUGCAUUUCGGUUUGAAAUUACAUUGCCAAGGUUAAUUUGUGUAAUGGUGCUUUUGUUUACCCUUGUUUGGUAUGAGGUUUUUAUGCCUUGGGUGUCAGCUUGGCAAGUGAGAAGAAUUGCUAGGAAUAGAGAAAGGAAGAGGCUUGUUGCUAUUGAAAUGGAGAAAUUGAGGAAAAUUGCGACGAGGAGGUGUAGGAAUUGUUUGACUCCAUAUAGAGAUCAAAAUCCUGGUGGUGGGAAGUUUAUGUGUUCUUAUUGUGGGCACUUAUCAAAAAGACCUGUUUUAGACUUGCCUGUGCAGCCGGGUUUGGGGUUUUUGAAUUCCGGGAUUUUGAAAGAUUUAAUUGGGAAAGGCGAAAAGAUAUUAAACGGGAAGGUUUGGCCGGACAGUAGGUGGAUGUGUGGACAGGAUUUGUCAGAGAAUGGGAAUUGGGUAAGGGGUUCUUCUGUUGGGAAGUCAAGUUCUUGGAGCAAGAAUUACAGUGGUUUUUUCGAUAGGGAGCAUUGCUUAGCAGAAAGGUCAUAUUCUCGUGUUUUUAAUUUAGCUUGCAAGGCACUGACUGAUUUCUUUUCUAGUAUAUUAUGGCUCUGCAGAUUUUUUUUGAGAAUUAGUUCCUCCAGAAAUGAGGAUGCUUCAAUGGAUGCCGAGCAAAGAGCAAUGUUGGAUAAGAGAAGGGAGAAUGGUGAGAAUUUUCAUGAGAGUAGAUGGGAAAAAUCUCGAAGAAAAGCAGAAGAAAAGAGGCUGGCUAGGUUAGAGAAGGAGCUGUUGGAGGAGGAGGAGCAAAAACAAAGAGAGGAGGUUGCUAGAUUGGUGGAAGAGCGCAGGAAAUUGCGAGAGGAACUUUCUGAGGCUGAGAAAGAACAGCGUAAAGUGUCACCCUCUGAUAAGGUACGAGAGAGUAAAAGAGAAGCAGAAAAGAGGCGUCAAGAGAAGAGGAAAGAAAGGGACAGGGGUUCUAGCAAAAGCAACUCAGACACAGAAGAGCUGGAUAAAAGAGCAGGUAAGGGAAGUGAGCGAAAUAAGUGUGAUGUGAGUGAUAGAAAGCAACACCACAAAAAUAAGCAAGAAGCUGUUAAAACACAUAAUGCAGGAGUUAUUCAUGGUUCUAAGGGUGCUUCCACAAGCAUUCACAACCAUGGGAAUGCUGGAACUCGGUACUUGGAUAGUAUGAAGGGUACGUUUUUAUCAUCUUCUAGAGCAUUUACUGGAGGUGAUCAUUUUGGAAAGAGUAAUAAUUCCUCUACUGUUCCAAGAGAACACAAUUCUAAAACUGGCAUAGACCAUAUUCAAACCCAUGCCUCGAGGAGGGAACUAUCGCAACCAGAUAGGGUAUCUGGAGAACUGAACCCAAAUGGGGACGACAUGAGCAUCAACCGUCCUGUACUUAUUGAAUCUCAACCAUGUACAGCUCCUAAAAAAUCAUGGCAACAAUUAUUCACACAUUCAACUGCUGUUUCUCGUACGACUUCAAAUGUAAUAGGCAGACCGUGUGUUAAGCCACAAGCAGAAGUUCAACCACCAGCUAACCCUUGUCAACCUCCAUCAAUGCAAUCCUUUGACAACCCCAUUAACUUUGGACUCCCGUCACCUUUUCCUUUAUCUACCUUUGCUUUUGGAUCCACAAAUAAUGGUACAACUCUUCCAUUAUUAUCAGAACCAUUGUUUCCUCUAGCUGGAGAUGGUGCAGGUCAGUUAUUGCCAGAGGAGUCAGAGAUUUUUGAAGAUCCUUGUUAUGUUCCGGACCCAGUAUCAUUGCUUGGACCCGUAUCUGAGUCACUUGAUAACUUUCAGCUUGAUGUUGGGUUUGUAUCAAAUGCUGGAUUGGACAAACCAUGUCCUGCAAAGCAUGUUAACGUCUCUUCUGAAGUUAUCAGACCAUCUCCAAUUGAGUGUCCAAUAUCAAGAUUGUGUGUUCCACAGGAGAGGCAUGCCGAGUCUUUUCCUUUUCCUCGCACUCCUAAGGCUAAGGAUGUACGCACUGAGCCACCAAUGAAUGUUUCAAGUAAUUCAAAUGAUAUGGGAACAUGGCAGAUGUGGAAUAGUUUUCCACUUGGUCAUGAUGGUCUUAGUUUAAUUUGUACUCCAGCCAACUGGCUUUUAAAUCCAGAGCUUAACAGAUCAAACAUGGAAGAGAUAAUUCCUUCUGCACCUCCAAAGACCAUGGCUUCACUGUUUAAAAAUGACGAUCACACCCUGUCUGUCUCUCAUUCUCCACAAACAGUAUAUAGAGGAAAUUUCCAGAACGGUGUGGCACUUGGUCCUAAUUUGCCUAGUAGUGCUGAAAAUGGGUUCCAAGAAGCAGUCUUUGGUACAUAUUCUAGACGGGAAAGCCAAUUUUCUCCCAAUCCUGAGAAUGCUGCUCAGAAUGAAUAUGAGAGUCCUAAUGCUCCCGUGACAAGCCAUCCAUUUGAGUUGUCUCCACUUGAUUGUUGGGCCAA